CGAAUAAUGAGUCACCAGCAACGCACAUAUUGAUUAAAGUCUUCCUUUCAUAUUAUUGCUUUGUAAGAGUAUUAAGAUCUACGUAGUUACAAAAACAAAAGAAAAAAACAAAGGAAUUUGUCAGAAGGAAGAUUUAAAGUUGUCAAUCAUGUUAAUUCGUAACUUUCAGUACAACGACCAAACAGGACACACCAUUCAACUUAAUUUGACAACACUCAUGUACAACUGUAUAAAAGCUGCGAACACACUUAUCAUUUGAAGGAUUUACACAGAGUCAAAACUGUUUGUAUUUACUAUUAAGCAGAGAAUACACAAUCAUUAUGAAGAUAUCUAAAUGUUUAGUUCUGUUGGUAGUGUUGGUGUCUGUUGGAGCCAACAAGGCAAAUGACGAAAUGACCAAAGACAGCAUGUAUAUACAUACGCUUGUAAAAAGAGCUCCAGUAUGUGGGUAUACAAGUUGCCCACAUAUUCCCUGCUGUAAUGGUUAUAGCUGCAUUUCUGGACUGUGUAAAAUUUGUGUAGGGAGAGAUUGCAAUUCAAAGAAUGACUGCUGUAAUGGAUUUACUUGUUCCUACAAUAAAUGUAGAUCAGGAAGUGCAGGUGGCGGUAUAAGACCUGGUAUCGAUUCCAAGAUACAGCAUCACUAGUCACGUUGUGUGUUACCGUCAUUGUGAUCUUAAUAUCAUCCGAAAAGUCUGAGGAAUUACAAACAAAUGCAACGAUUGUCAGUCUUUGACUAAUCAGACUUGAAAUACAGACAAUGCAUUACUGUUUAGUAAGUUUGCUUUUAGUUUAU